AUGUCUGUCCUCCCUGCUGAGGUGCACACCGCGCUGGCCACCCUGCUGCAGGGUCUCCAGUCGCCCGAUAAUGUUCAGCGUACAGCCGCCGAGCAGCAGUUGAACGACGAAUGGGUUGCCCAGAGGCCCGAAGUGCUCUUGAUGGGCCUCUCGGAGCAGAUUGAGCUGGCCCAAGACACCUCAACACGGACAUUCGCCGCCGUCAUCUUCAGGCGACAGUCGUCGAAACCGCGAAAGGCGCCCUCUGGUCAGACGGCCGACCUCUUCCUGACCCUCAAUGCCCCCGAGCGCGAAGCCAUACGCGCAAAGCUCCUCCAGUGCCUCGCCAAUGAGACCGACAACUCAGUACGCACAAAGGUUGGAGAUGCCGUAGCCGAGCUCGCUCGCCAGCACACAGAUGAAGGCGUUGCAUGGCCGGAGCUACUGGGCGCAUUGUUCCAGGCCAGCCAGUCCGCAGACCCCGCGCAACGCGAGAACGCCUUCAGGAUAUUCUCGACAACCCCGCAGAUCAUCGAGAAGCAGCACGAAGAUGUGGUCAUGACUGCCUUCAAGGGCGGCUUUGCCGACAGCGAGACAUCGGUCCGCAUCGCAUCCGUUGAAGCCUUCGCGUCCUUCUUCCGCUCCAUCACCAAGAAGGCCCAGUCCAAGUACUACUCUCUCAUCGGAGAGAUUCUCAACAUUCUGCCACCCAUCAAGGACUCUGGCGAUGCAGAGCUCCUCUCCAAGGCCCUCGUCUCGCUCAUCGAUCUUGCUGAAGUCGCGCCCAAGAUGUUCAAGCCUCUGUUCAACAGCCUCGUCCAGUUCAGCAUCUCCGUUAUUCAGGACAAGGAUUUGGGAGAGACGGCCCGGCAGAACGCCUUGGAACUCAUGGCCACGUUCGCCGAUAACGCUCCUCUCAUGUGCAAGAAGGAUGCCAACUUCACCAACGACAUGGUCACCCAAUGUCUGUCUCUGAUGACCGACGUUGGUGCCGAUGACGAUGACGCUGAAGAAUGGAAUGUUUCUGAAGACUUGGACGAAGAAUCCGAUUCAAAUCAUGUCGCGGGAGAGCAGUGCAUGGAUAGGUUGGCAAACAAGCUGGGCGGACAAGCCAUUCUUCCCCCGACUUUCAACUGGCUACCUCGCAUGAUGACCUCUUCAGCGUGGCGCGACAGACACGCAGCUCUCAUGGCUAUAUCAGCCAUCUCUGAGGGAUGCCGUGAAUUGAUGGUUGGCGAGCUAGACAAGGUGCUGGAUCUCGUCCUGCCAGCGCUCCGAGACCCCCAUCCUCGUGUGCGAUGGGCUGCCUGCAACGCCGUCGGCCAGAUGUCGACCGACUUUGCUGGUACCAUGCAGGAGAAGUACCAUCAGGUCGUCCUGCCAAACAUCAUCCCAGUCCUGGAAUCUUCAGAGCCUCGUGUGCAAGCGCACGCUGCUGCCGCUCUCGUCAACUUCUGCGAAGAGGCUGAGAAGGACAUCCUUGAGCCAUAUCUUGACCAGCUGCUUAACCAUUUGCUCAUGCUUUUGCAGAGCCCUAAGCGCUUUGUGCAGGAACAAGCAUUGUCUACUAUUGCCACUGUUGCGGAUUCUGCAGAGGCUGCCUUUUCCAAGUACUACGAUACCCUUAUGCCUCUUCUAUUCAACGUUCUACAAGAGGAACAGUCGAAGGAAUACAGACUUCUUCGUGCCAAGGCUAUGGAGUGCGCAACUCUCAUUGCUCUGGCUGUUGGAAAGGACCGUAUGGGCCAGGACGCGCUCAACCUUGUACAACUGCUUGGCCGGAUUCAAAACAGCGUCUCCGAGGCUGAUGACCCGCAAGCCUCAUACCUGCUUCACUGCUGGGGCCGCAUGUGUCGUGUGCUAGGACGGGAGUUUGUUCCUUUCCUCGCCGGUGUCAUCCCGCCACUGACCGAGCUUGCUGGAGCCAAGGCUGACAUUCAGCUGCUUGAUGACGAGGAACAGGUUGCUCAGAUUCAAGAUGAAGAAGGCUGGGAAUUGGUUCCGCUCAAGGGCAAGGUUAUUGGAAUCAAGACCAGCAUCCUCGAUGACAAGCACAUGGCUAUCGAGCUCAUCGUAAUCUACGCGCAAGUGCUAGAGGAUGCUUUCGAGCCCUACGUGAACGAUAUCAUGGAGAAGAUUGCCCUUCCAGGUCUAGCUUUCUUCUUCCACGACCCCGUACGAGUCGCUUCCGCCAAAUGUGUCCCGGCAUUGUUGAAUGCAUACAAGAAGGCCCACGGUCCCGAAUCGGCAGAGCUGGGUGCACUCUGGGGACGUACUGUCGAGCGCGUCCUUGAAGUUCUCAGCACUGAGCCUGCCAUUGACACUCUUGCCGAGAUGUACCAGUGCUUCUACGAGUGCCUCGAGUGCAUCGGCCGCAACUGCUUGUCGGAUGCACACAUGACCACCUUCAUCGAGUCCGCUAGGACUGUGCUUCAAGACUACAACAUCCGCGUCAAAGAACGUCUAGAGGAGCAAGCCGAAAACGAAGAUGGUGAGGAAGCCUCGGAAGAUAUUCUCUUCGCGAUCGAAGAUGACCAAAACCUUUUGUCAGACAUGAACAAGGCAUUCCACAGCAUUUUCAAGACCAUGGGUACAUCGUUCUUGCCUCACUGGGCAGGUUUGAUCGAGUUCUACAGCAUGGCUGUUGUCAACCCCGACCCUACUCAACGCCAAUGGGCGAUUUGCAUCUACGACGAUGUGCUGGAGUUCUGCGGCCCAGAGUCGUGGCAAUACAAAGACCAAAUCAUCCAACCCCUGAUUGACGGUAUGCAAGACGAUGUUCCUGCUAAUCGCCAGGCGGCAGUAUAUGGUGUUGGUGUCGCCGCUCACAAGGGUGGAGAGAACUGGUCAGAAUUUGUUGCUGCUUCCCUAGAGACACUUUUCCAAGUCACACAGAGGCCCAAUGCCCGCGCGGACGACGAUAUUUUUGCGACAGAGAAUGCAUCGGCUGCGAUCGCCAAGAUCCUACACUACAACGCAAGCAAGGUUGCCAAUUGGGAUAGCGUGGCUGCAGCCUGGAUCGACACCCUUCCAAUUACUAACGACGAGGAGGCUACGCCAUACGCGUAUGCCUUCUUGUCCCAGCUGAUUGAACAGCAAAACCAGGCCGUAUUCUCCCAGCCUGCAAAGGUGUUCAACUACGUUGUGCAAGCUCUCGAGGCCGAGACUCUGCAAGGGCAGACUGCGAACCGCGUCGUCGCAUCCGUCAAGGCGCUCAUUCAGGCGACUAGCACCGAUCUCGGUCAAGCUGCAGCGACUCUGACACCGGAGCAGCAGCGUACCGCGCAAGUCUACUUUAGCUAG